AUGGUGUUAGCAGCUAAUUCCUCAGAAGACUUAACAAGGGAUAUUAUGCGGAUGAUCGAGUCCGUCUACAACAAAGCCUGCAAUCAACAAGAGUUACGUUGUGAUCAACGGCCAUUCCACAUCAUGCUCAUGGGCUAUGGCUUUUUGGUGGUCUUCCUGUUGGCGAUGUUUGGCAAUUGUAUCAAUCUGCUCAUCUACAACUCAAAUCAAAUUCGCUAUUAUAUCGCAAUCCGUAUGCUUUGCACCCGACUGCUGAUGAAUACGUUGGCUAUGGUGUUCCUUCUGCCGCAAGCACUUCGAACUGUUGGCACCUGGGAGGCCAACUCUGCUGCGGAUGCCGUCUAUUGGGGUUAUUACCCCUAUCAGGCCUACUUUGUCAACGUCUUCGGCUUCUGUGCCAUGUGGCGAAAAUCCACUUUUCAAAAGAACUCUGCUCGGCUUCAUACAGUGAAAGUUGCUUCUGGCGACUCUCGUAGGCACACAGUUUUGCUUGCAUCGCUGACGCAUUGGACUCAGCUUUCGAUGCUCAUUAAUUAUCCAGUCGACAAGCUGACGGUGCUAAUGACUGGCGAAUGUUAUCUUCACGUCUUUUUUCCUGUACAUUCGAAAUCCCUAUGCACAAAAAAGAAUCUUUCAAAAAGUUACGUGGUGAUAGCGGUAUCCGGUCUUUUGCUGGCUCUCAUUUAUCCAUUGAAUCGUUCUGUUUCUCUUACGGUUGACUCAUGUGAUCGUGUUAUCGUUCAGAUCGUAGCCAGCGAUUCUCCAUUGAUGACGAUGAUUGAACGACUUCACACGAUCGGGAAUCUUCUCUUCGCUAUCGUUAUUCCCAUGUCUCUCCUUGUGUUCAUGACAGUGUCGGUAGUGUGGAAACUUGUACUGCGAAAGCCUGAAUUUCCUCGUUCUUCACACUUCACGUCCGAAAAGCGGUGCGUGACGAGGAUAACCCUUAUCACGACAAGCCUGCAGCUGCUGGCUGAGUUGCCUCCUAUACCCGUGUUCAUCCUGGCGGCUAUCAGCGGUCCACGAGUUAUCAAUGAGAUCCCUGUAUGCGUGUGGAAUACUGUUGGAGUAUUUCUUGGGCUCUGCAAUAUGAGUCUCUCCUUCUUCGUUUAUAUAACCCUAUCACAGAAAUUCCGUCAAAUGGUUUGCAAGUGA